AUGUCGACAUCAGAUACAUCGAAUAGUUCAGGUCAUCUCCUAACAGAACAAUCCAAUAAAGCCAUAAUAGAUCCUUUCGAUGCCAGAUCUAUACAAGUUCAACCUGUAGCAUAUAUAGACGAUGAUCCCACCACAGAGUUUCUUUACCGUCCAAGGACCUUGACUGUGCUAGUCUCCAUGUUGGUCGGGCUAGUCUAUGUCGCCAUGUAUCCCGAAGCAGACGACACAUCAACCAAUAUUAAAUUUGGAGUAUUGGCAGGAAUUGGUUCUUUCCUUCUGUUUGCUAUGCUUCAGUUUCGAGAUGGGCCAUUCAUUCGACCACAUCCAGCAUUUUGGCGUGUCGUAUUAGGAAUAGGAGUGUUAUACCAGAUGUUCCUUGUAUUUCUAUUGUUUCAGAGUAAACGUGAUGCACGAUAUAUAUUUUCUUGUCUCGAUUCAUCUCUGGGAAUACCGUUACCUGAACGUUCUUACGCUGAACAUUGCGAACUGACUAUUGAAAAUUUUAAGAAUCAACUCGACAUAUUUGUCAUAUAUCACGCUAUCGGAUGGUACGCCAAAGCUGUAGUACUUCGUGAUUAUUGGUUCUGCUGGAUUUUAUCCGUUAUGUUUGAAGUGAUGGAGUACACAUUACAACAUCAACUACCCAAUUUUGCCGAGUGCUGGUGGGAUCAUUGGAUUCUCGAUGUUCUGACAUGCAAUUGGGCCGGAAUAUACCUUGGUAUGAAGACAUGUGAAUAUUUCGAGAUGAAAGGGUAUUCGUGGAGGGGGAUCAAGCAGAUAAGUUCGCUGAAAGGCAAAGUUAAACGUACGGUUCAACAAUUCACGCCGCACCAUUGGACAAAGUUUGAAUGGGGAACAACAAAGAGUUUUAAAAACUACGUGGCAGUUAUUGGACUUUUAUUCCUGUUUUUGCAGGCGGAAUUGAAUUCAUUCUAUUUGAAAUACCUUCUAUGGGUACCAGCCGAUCAUCCGUUAAAUUCGUAUCGCGCUCUUUUACUUUUCAUGUGUUCUAUUCCUGCAACACGUGAAGCUUAUCAAUAUCUCACGGACAAGAAAUGCAAAAGAUUUGGCCCACAAGCGUGGCUUACUGUAGCAAAUGUGAUGACAGAAACUGUGAUAUGUUAUAAGUUUGGUAGAGGGGAAUUUCCAAACCCUGCACCGACACACGUAGUUGUGUUUUGGACAAUACUAAUAACGGCCUUGAUUGGAUAUGCCAUAUGGCAAUUUGGAAUCCCAUACAUGAACGAAAAAUGGAAAUCCAAAUAUUCUAAUCGUCGUCUAAAUACAAAGAAAAAUACAUAG